AUACCAGUGACCCAAAUGACGAUGUUUUUGUGAAACAAGCUGUACUUUGAUCAAAUUUUAUCUUUGACUUGCAAGCAAAACUUUGAGAUAUGACCGCGGUACGGUAGCAGUGAAUUCAACUCACUUCAUAACAAUCCUUCCAAAAAGAGGCUUCAAGAUGUCUAAUGCCACUCCCAGAUGAAGAUUACUCUCAAACGAAACAUAAAACGGAGAAUUUAAAAGAACAAUAAUAGCUUUGCCUUAAAGCCCAUUUAGCUUAAUGCUGACAAACAAUGCAAACCGCAAGCAUUGUAAAUUGUUUGAAAUUGUCAGUUAUAACCCUUUAAGCAACAGAUACAGUGUUUGAACACAGACAGUGGAGCGAGCGACAGGACUUUGGAAGAAAGCAAUGUUCUCUGAAAGAGAAAGAGGAAGUCAACCAAGCCUCGUCGGCCUUCCAACUAAAAACAGAAUUAUGGGCAGAUGAGCUCAGAUGUGAGCAGCCCACUCUGGUUUCAUGUGCUUCAAAUACCCACCAAGACCGGGAGCUGGCAUACACGCACCUCGAGUGCCACUGCAAUCAUGAGUCAAGUUUUGGACAUCGAGCACUGCGACCUGAAUAUCGGAGGCAACAAGAGCAGCCACCGCACGAAGCUUUUUGCAGACCAGCGUCUGAUCGUCAGACGGGGACAAGCCUUCACCAUCUUUGUCUUCUUGAAAGCUGGCAGCAAGACGCUCGAAGCACACGACGCCAGCCUCACCUUUACUGUCCACACUGGUCCGGUGCCCAAAAGUGAAUCAGACACCAAGGUUUCCUUCCCACUCAGCGACUCCACAGCGGACACGGAGUGGAGCGCCUCGGCCACUCGUGACCCCGCCGGCAACAAAGUGUCCGUCACCGUAGUGUCCUCCCCCAACGCCCCCAUUGGACUCUACUCUCUGACUGUAGACCAUCACGGGAAGACGACCACCUUAGGGCAAUUUACAUUGCUCUUUAACGCCUGGUGUCCAAAUGAUGCUGUGUACAUGCGCAGUGAGGCCAAGCGGCAAGAGUACGUUUUGGCGCAGCACGGGCAGAUCUUCCGAGGCACGUACAAACGCAUUAAGGGGACACCGUGGAACUUUGGACAGUUUGAAGCAGGAAUUCUGGACAUCUGUCUGAAGGUCCUGGAUGACAACCCAAAAUUUGCAUCGGACGCUGAUCAGGACUGCUCAGCCAGGAGAAAUCCUAUCUACGUGACGCGGGUCCUGAGCGCAAUGAUUAACAGUAAUGAUGACAGCGGAGUGCUGGUGGGAGAGUGGUAUGACUUUACCGGAGGCGUUCAUCCCUGCUCGUGGGUCGGUACCGGCGACAUCCUGCGCCAGUGGGCGGAGAGCGGCCCGGUCCGUUACGGCCAGUGUUGGGUGUUUGCUGCUGUUGGCUGUACAGUGUCCCGUGGCCUGGGCAUCCCGUGUCGGGUGGUCACUAACUUUGGUUCGGCCCACGACAGUAACGCCAACCUGAUCGUAGAAAACCUUUACGAUGAGGAAGGGGAAAGUAUUUCAGACGGGGAUUCGGUCUGGAACUUUCAUGUUUGGGUGGACAGCUGGAUGACCCGUCCAGACUUGGGAGAGGAGUUUGACGGUUGGCAAGCCAGUGACCCAACGCCACAGGAGAAGAGUGAUGGUGUUUACUGUUGCGGACCGGCUGCACUGAGGGCCAUCAAGGAAGGAGAGCUCACCAAAAAGUAUGACGCUCCUUUUAUUUUCGCUGAGGUCAACGCCGACGUGGUGGAUUUGGUGCGCCUGUCGAACGGAAAGUUUGUCAAGUUCAGCGGCUCGACCAAAUCCGUCGGACGCUUCAUCAGCACCGGAGCCGUCGGCUCAGACGAGAGACAUGACAUCACACAUGAGUACAAGUAUCCUGAAGGUUCCAAGGAGGAGCGGAAGGUGUAUGAGAAGGCCCAGCACCGCAACAAGCUACAACAGCGAGGAGAGGAACCAGGCCUCCGUCUCAAGAUCAAACUGGCAGAAAAUAUGAUCGUGGGUUCCGACUUUGAGGUGUAUGCCGUCGUCACCAACAACUGCACGGUGGCAAAGAGCUGCACGCUCCUCUUCUUCGCCAAAGCUGUGGGUUACAAUGGCAAACGAGGAGAAAGCUGUGGAUUCGUCUCGGACAGAUUGGAGGUGCCCACUGGAGAAGAGAGACGCGUGUACCUCAAGCUGGAGUACGGCACUUACGGAUCGGUCAUCACGUCCGAUCGGCUCAUUCGGCUGUCGGCCAUCACCGUCGACAAGCAAACGAUCGACUACCGCAAGGUCGAGAAGACGAUUGUGCUGGACGAGCCACCUCUCGAAAUCAAGCUGAUAGGAGAAGCCAAGGUGAAGCGGCCAAUGUCGGCAAGGCCGAGCAUGCUAAACCCGUUGCCGGAGACGCUCCAGGACUGCAGCUUCACCGUUGGGGGGGCUGGCCUCGUUGACGGCAAGCCCCUAACGCUCAAGAUUGGACGCGUGGGCCCCAAACAGGAAGCCACGACCACCGCCGUGUUCACUCCCACCGUGGCUGGCUCCAGCGUGCUGCUGGUCAGCUUUGACAGUGACAAACUCAAGAACAUCAAGAGCUCCAUCAGUGUUGUGGUGAAGGAAGGCGACACUCCACACAUCUAAGCCUACACUCCGAACUCCAACUUUCGGACACUUUGGAUGUCGUACCGGAACGCUUUGUCUGACACGGAGGCUUUGCUAUAGCUUCCUUUUAUUUGGCCUACCCUCAUAUACUGCAAUACAGCAAAUUGAACGUUAGAUUAUAUUGAAUUGUACUUGUUUGUCUGAAUAAAUGACAA